UUCGCGAACAUUUGUUGAAGGCACCAUAACCUGGAAAAUUUGAUGUCAACUGGCGGAGAUCAUUCUUAUUUUAAGUAUAAAUACUAUAAAGACGACAAAGAUUUUAACCCAAAAUUUAUUCGGGAGGAAGAAAGUAAAAAAAUCAUGGCUGAAAUUCAGGAUUUUUCGGAUUAUGAGGAUGAGUUUUAUGACGAUAGAGGUGACGACGAAAUGCUGAUCGAUUUGGUUAGGGGUUAUCCUUGCCUUUAUGAAAGAUCGUCUAAGGACGUCAAAGACUUAGGAAUGAAGGAAACAUCUUGGCAGGAAAUUGCUAACAUACUUAAUAGCCAUCCUGCAAGUGUUCAACAGAAAUGGAAGGAUUUAAAAGAUAAGUAUUGUAGAGAAAAAAGAUUGUCAGAUGCAGAAUCCACAAGUGGAAGUGGCUCUUCAUCAAGAAAGAAAUUUCCUUAUUUUAAGGAAAUGUCGUUUCUGGAACCGCAUCUUCGAAAGACAAAAACGCAAAAUAAUUUUAAUGAAAAAUCACCAGGUUUUUCGGGUGCAAAAAAUGAAAAAGAUAUCAGCAAUAAACGAUCGAAGAAUGAUAAACCACCAUCUAGAAAAAAAAUAAAAAUAAAAACCGAAAAUAACGAGGAUAUAAAAACCACUUUAGUGUCACGAACCAAAGUCGCAGAAAAGAUACUCGAUAAAAAUAAGAGCGAUAAAGAGAACCAAGCACCAGGUAAUGAUAAUUCGACGUUUAUAAAUUACAUUUCUUCUCAACUGGACACUUUAUCUAAAAAGAAAAGACAAGAGUUGGAAGCAAAAAUAUUAGUCCUUGUCAACAAUGUCGUUUUGGAAGAAAUGAGUAAAGAUGACCAGUAAAGAUGACCAACAAGUUCUUUUAUUUUCAUUUUAAAAAAUUUUUAAUUUCACAUACUUUUUAAUAUAAAUAUAUAAUGCCUUUAUGAGAACCAAAGUGAAAGCAAUUUUCGUAGCCAAAUGUUAAGGGUAAUUUAAUAAAAAAAUUUUUGUUUAUGUGAAUAUUAGUUUGGUAAAAAAUAGUCGUGGAUUUGUGAUUAUUGUAUAAGAUUUGCUAUUUGAUUUGUUUAUAAGUUCUCUUAAAAGCGUGGAAAAAAAUAUGUUCAAAAUAUAUGCGUUGUUCCUAUAUUACUAAAAUGUAAUAUAUUAUUAUCUACGAUAAGAAGUUUUAAAAUAAGGUUUUGUUGAAAUUAAUUAUCUCAGAGCAGUUUCGACUGUAAGUUAUACGUAUAUUUCUUUAAGAUUUAAUAUAUACAAUACCCUUAUCAGAACCAAAGUGAAAGCAAUUUUUGUAGCCAAAUGUUAGGGGUAAUGUAGUAAAAAAAUGUGAUAUAUAUGAAUAUUAGUUUGGUAAAAAGUAGUCGUAAAUUUAUGAUUAUUGUAUAAGAUUUGCUUUCUGAUUUGUUUAUAAGUUCUCUUAAUAGCAUGGAAAAAAAUGUGUUCAAAAUAU